UCAAGGUGAACAUAUACGCACGACUCCGGCAUCUUAAGGGCCAUGGGUGGUCGUCUGUGCCAGCGUGCUCGUGUGUUGCCCAACAACAAGGAAGUAAGACCUCUGUGACUAGAUUUAAGAUAACCCCUUCAUUGCGUUCUUCUGGGAAACUGUGGCAGUGCCUCUGUGACUUUGUGCUCAACAUGGAGUCACCUCACAAAUAUGACGAUUUCUCCUUUGUUAACCGAAAACAUCACACCGCCUGCUUUGCCGGAAGUGAACCGUCUGAACUGACCCUUCACCUCCAGAAACAUACCCCGGAUCCCUUCACGGUCCCCGCCUCAGCACGUGACGUUGUUAAGGUCAAGGACUGCAAGAUAUCCAAGGAGAAUGUUCUGCUCCUCUGCCAGACAGCGCGAGUCUACUGUAACUCAUACAUCAAGACGGCUACACGAAAAAGGCUCGAUAAAAGAAUUGAAGAUGUAACAUCGAGGAGAAGAGCAAAGCGCUCGGAGUCUAAACUGAUACCUCUGGAAGGAUACGAGCCGUCUUCGCAAAGACGAAAUUCACCAUCCCCAAGGUCACAUUCACCAUCACCAAAGAGGCAUUCACCGCCACGAAGGAAAUAUUCACCGUCACCAAGGAGACAUUCACCGUCACCAAGGAGACAUGUUCCAACAAGAGGGCAUCUAUCUCGAAAGAGAUCGACGUCCCAGCCAACGAAGUCUAAUGCAACAAGGGAACCAAACAAUGAACCGCUCAACCCAUACCGAGUUCUGCCUAAUAUCCAUUCCAACAGGAAGUUAUCUACAGAGUUAUCUCCCCAUGAUCGUGAAUCCUCAAGGUCAUCCAGCGAAAAGCGUAACACUGAAAAUCAAGCAUCGACUAAAUACGACAAGUACCAAUCUCAGCAUUCACAAAAUGGAAAAUCAGUCAAUACCCGUUCAACAAAAGAAAACGUGAGAUCUGAAGGAGACAACAGGGAUAAUACCUUCAUAGCUGAGACAAAGUACAAGAGGACGGUGACCUAUGGUAGUAAGGAAGAUGAAAAGCGAUUCAAUGCGAAGCGUGGCCAUGAUUCGGAGGACGAUUACUCGGAUAAUGAGUAGAUGCAGUAUGUGUUCAAGAAGAAAUCUACAUGACCUCUACAUGACCUCACUCUGGUGAUGUGACUAGAUUGAUAUGAUGAGCAUGUACAUUCAAUAAAUCUACAUAAUGACA